UGAUAUUUAAGCAGCUGUCCGACUCUCUCCUCAUCUUUCAUCCGUCUUUCCUUGGCUCUAUCUCCUUCUCAUCUCUCUCUCCCUCUUUACCAAAGACAAAGGAGGUCCUCCAUCAGCACUCAGUAUGUCCAAGGAACCAUCUUCCAACCUGGAGAAUGCCAUGCAGAUGCUGAUCAAAACCUUCCACAAGUACUCGGGGAAGGAGGGGGAUAAGUACACUCUGAGCCGGGGAGAGCUGAGAGAGAUGUUAACAGAGGAGCUGGGGAGUUACUUAGGGAACGCCCGGGAUGGAGAAGGGGUUGAGAAGGUGAUGAACGACUUGGACGCCAACAGCGACGGCGAGGUGGACUUCACAGAGUUCAUCAUCCUCAUGGGAGCUCUGACGGUGGCCUGCAAUGACUUCUUCAUGGAAUACAAGCCCGAAAAACUCAUCCACAAGCCCUUCGAAAAAAAGGAGGCAACGACAGAGGAGAUGAAAGAGUGAAGGAAAGAUGGGAGGAGGGGGAUGGACUGGGAGGAGGGAAGGGGGAGAUGGAAUGGAAGGGACAAUGAACUGUAGAGCAACAGUGAAAGGGUAUAAUUUAUGGUUGUAUGGUCAUCUUAUUCAAUUUCUAAACAGUGUAACUGCAAUGUGUGAAAAGAGGCUGAGAGAACGUCACUGUGUUAAAAAAAGUAAAGUUUAGCUGAUGUGUGUUCCCUCUGCAACUAUCCAAAUACUUUUCAUACCACAGCUAAGUCACAGGUCCGGAGUCAGUUACUCUGUGUUCUCAAAUCCAUGAGUGGCACUGUAUACCGCAGAGGUCAGCAACAGGCGCACUGCGGGCCAAAAUCGGCACACAAGUGAUUUUUAGUGGAAUUUUUUUUUUUUUUUUUUUUUUUGGUAUAUAAAAAAAUUACUGAAAUCACCAGGAAUUUAGCAAAAAAUGUGUUUAUCUUAGGAAAUCUGUUCCCAAGUAUUCCCACGAAUAAACAAAUGUGAUAUGUGAUCAAUGUAAUCAAUUACUGUUAUUUUCAAAUAAAAACU